AUGAAGCGUUCCUUCGACGCCAUGGAGGCGAAGCCGGUGUUCCUCUCCAAGGAGGAGCGCCAGCGCCUCGCGCUCGAGCGCCGCCAGGCGGCCGUCGCCGACCAGCGCCGCUCCGCGCUCGACAUCCUCCAGUCGCUCCCGCGGCCCCCUCCGCCGCCUCCCCCGUCCGUCGCCCCCCGGGACUCCCGCCGGGACCGAGAUCGGGAUCGCGACCGCGACCGCGACGAGCCUUCUCGCCGGGACCGGGACCGGGACCGCGACCGCGACCGGGACAGGGAGCACCGGGACAGGGAGCGCGGGGAGCGGGACAAGGACCGGGAGAAGGACCGGCUGGAGAAGAUGGCGGAGAGGGAGCGGGAGAAGGAGCUGGAGGCCAUCAAGGAGCAGUACCUGGGGUCCAAGAAGCCCAAGAAGCGGGUCAUCAAGCCCUCGGAGAAGUUCCGCUUCUCCUUCGACUGGGAGAACACGGAGGACACCAGCCGCGACAUGAACAUGCUCUACCAGGCGCCGCACGAGGCCCGCCUGCUCUACGGCCGCGGCUUCCUCGCCGGCAUCGACCGGCGCGAGCAGAAGAAGGCGGCCGCCGUGUUUGAGAAGGAGACCCGUGCUGAGCAGCGCCGCAAGUUCGGCGUGGAGGACCGGCCCGAGGAUGAUGUGGCUGAUAAGAAGAAGGCCGCCGCCGCGGAGAUGUAUGAUGCCUUCGACAUGCGGGUGGACAGGCACUGGUCUGAGAAGGGCAUCGAGGAGAUGACCGAGCGGGAUUGGCGUAUUUUCCGCGAGGACUUCAAUAUCUCCUACAAGGGGUCUCGCAUACCCCGGCCGAUGCGCAACUGGCCCGAGAGCAAGCUUGGGACUGAGCUGCUUCGUGCUAUUGAGAAGGUUGGGUACAAGAAACCAUCGCCCAUCCAGAUGGCUGCCAUUCCGCUUGGUCUCCAGCAGCGUGAUGUCAUUGGUAUUGCCGAGACAGGUUCGGGCAAGACUGCAGCUUUUGUGCUUCCUAUGCUGUCGUACAUUACUCGCCUGCCGCCUAUUAGCGAGGACAAUGAGGCCGAGGGUCCUUAUGCUGUUGUCAUGGCACCUACUCGUGAGCUUGCUCAACAGAUUGAGGAAGAGACGGUCAAGUUUGCAACCUAUCUAGGCAUUAAAGUCGUUUCCAUUGUUGGUGGUCAGUCCAUUGAGGAGCAAGGUUUCAAGAUUAGGCAGGGCUGUGAAGUUGUAAUUGCAACGCCUGGUCGGCUUCUUGAUUGUCUGGAGAGAAGGUAUGCUGUGCUCAACCAGUGCAACUAUGUUGUACUUGACGAGGCUGAUAGGAUGAUUGAUAUGGGAUUUGAGCCACAGGUUGUUGGUGUCCUUGAUGCGAUGCCAUCAAGUAACCUGAAACCUGAGAAUGAGGAAGAGGAACUGGAUGAGAAGAGGAUUUACAGGACAACUUAUAUGUUCAGUGCCACCAUGCCACCUGCUGUCGAGCGCCUUGCGAGGAAGUACCUCCGGAACCCAGUUGUCGUCACAAUUGGUACAGCUGGCAAGGCCACAGAUCUGAUAACCCAAAAUGUGAUCAUGGUGAAGGAGUCAGAGAAGAUGUCACGACUCCAGAAGAUACUCACAGAUCUUGGGGACAAGACGGCCAUUGUAUUCUGCAACACAAAGAAGUCAGCAGACAACCGUGCCAAGGAUCUGGACAAGGCAGGUUUCCGCGUCACAGCACUGCAUGGAGGGAAGUCACAAGAUCAGAGGGAGAUCAGCCUUGAUGGAUUUAGGAACCGCAGGUUCAAUGUUCUUGUGGCGACUGAUGUUGCAGGGCGUGGUAUUGAUAUUCCUGAUGUCGCUCAUGUUAUUAACUAUGAGAUGCCUAGUUCAGUUGAUACAUACACACAUCGCAUCGGAAGAACAGGGCGUGCAGGAAAGAAGGGACUUGCCACUUCAUUCUUGACUCUGGAUAACACUGAUAUUUUCUUCGAUCUGAAACAGAUGCUUACUCAGAGCAAUAGUCCCGUCCCUCCAGAACUUGCUAGGCAUGAGGCGUCAAAGUUUAAGCCAGGAUCGGUUCCCGAUAGACCUCCAAGAAGAAAUGACACUGUCUAUGCAUCUCACUGA